GGCCACGCAGGCGCACCGAAUCAUAACACACUACAGAUGAAGCCCCUUUGCUCAACCACACGUCGCCCGGGGUUUACAGCGUAAUUUCUCGGUUUCAGUGACAGAUACAGCUAUAGUGCUUGAGAGGCCGAAGUUAGGGGAUAAACAUGUGCAGGGCUGUGAAAAUAUGGUCGCUGUGAAACCUGACCCUUUGGAGUUAGCUUUGGUUAGCAAAUGGCUGCUCGGCUGGGAUGUCUACCACCUCGAGAAAUAAGACAAGGAAAAGUGUAUUGAAGCAGCGAGAAACCUGAGCCUUCCUCAGACAAGCAUGUGACAAACGGGCUCCAGUGUGACCAGAGACUUGGUUGCAGCCAAAAUGCCUCGUCUGGAUGAACUGGCAAAUAUUGCCCUCAGGGUGCCCAGCAUUCUGGUUCUGGAUCUGCUGUAUAAAUGUGACAUUGAGGGUCUGACCGAAAAUCUCAAGGCUAAAAAUGAGGACAUGCUCUUCAAAUACAAAUAUGUUAUCUGGAACAUGUUUUAUCUUGCUCACCUGAUAAACCUGGUUGUAUUGAUCCUGCCACUGAGACACAUUGUUACACUCUACCUUCAUAUCCUGGUUGCUCUCCUUCUGUACAUGGGGCAUCAGAUUUCCAAGGAUUAUGUUCGUGAGGAGGUGCAUCUUGGAUAUGAAGGAGCAGUCUAUCUGAAUUCUUUGGCCUUUAAUAGAUUUGUGUCUGCCAUGACCAGUCAGAUCAUUCUUGGCACACUCUGUGCCUUCCUGAUGAAGACCAGAAAGGUGUGGAUAUUCUCUACUCACAUGCUCCCCCUGCUGGCCCGACUCUGCGCUGCUCCUAACUCCACGCUACUGACAGUCAACACGUUCUCCAUGGGCCUAACUGUUGCAGGGAUCGCCCUGUUCCUUCUCGCCAACCUGUUUGUGCCAUAUCGCCUUGCGAGGGCUGCCUAUUCAGAGCUUCUUCAUCUUGAGGUGAUAGAGCUGUACAGACUCCUGGCUUUGGGAAUCUCCUUGUGGAAUCAGUUCGCUGUUCCCGCUCUCUUCAGUGUCUUCUGGUUUGUUCUGUACGCCGUCCAGCUGUGCUCAGACGUCAUGUCAGCCAGCGCCUCUGCAACCUAUCAGGGAAUCAUGUUCUUGUUGCUCACUAGUGUGUCAGAAUGUUGUGCCACGCCGUACUCUCUUCUGGGUCUCACCUUUGUGGUGUCCUAUUUGGCUCUCGGACUCCUCAACCUGUGCAAGUUUUACCUGGGAGGUUACGCAGCUCUUCAGAAUGAGAAUGUCAUGCACAGAGGUGUAACAGAGGGCGUCACUCUGCUCCUGCUUGCCCUUCAGACUGGCCUGUUAGACAUGCAGGCACUGCAGCGCACCUUCCUCCUCAGCAUCAUCCUCUUCAUUGUGUUGACUUCAACCUUACAGUCAAUGAUUGAAAUAACAGAUCCGAUCAUUCUAGCCUUGGGCGCAUCACGCAACAGGAGUUUGUGGAAACACUUUCGUGGCCUCAGCAUGUGUCUGCUUCUGCUGGUUUUCCCAGUGUUUAUGGCUUAUAAAAUCUCCCAGUUCUUCCACAUGGACUUCUGGCUUCUUAUACUGGUGUCCAGCUGCAUGCUAACCUCCCUUCAGGUAACAGGCACAAUGCUGAUCUACUGUCUCUUCAUGGUGGAGCUGUUUCGCAGCGACCCAAUCGAGAGCUUGGACGAAGUGAUCUACUGGGUGAACGCCAUCAGCAGGGUGCUGGAGUUUCUGGUGGCGCUCUGUGUGGUGGCUUACGGCACCUGGGAGUCCCUUUUCGGAGAGUGGAGCUGGAUGGGCGCUUCUGUCAUCAUCAUCCACUCAUAUUUCAACGUUUGGCUCCGAGCUCAGUCCGGCUGGAAGAGUUUCCUGCUCAGACGGGAAGCAGCUAAGAAGAUCAACUCCCUUCCCAGAGCCACAGCAGAGCAGCUGGAACAACACAAUGAUGUCUGCUCCAUCUGCUUCCAGGAAAUGAGCUCUGCUGUUGUCACAUACUGUGGACAUUUUUUCCAUGGCAACUGUCUCCGCAAGUGGCUGUACGUCCAGGAAACAUGUCCAAUGUGCCACCAAACAGUCCGACAGACGCCACCAGGUCAGAGCCAGGCUCCAGGUGAUGGUCCCGCAGCUCCGCCUCAGAGGGACGCAGGGCCCGAUCUGGUUGCACAGGAAGGAGAACAGAAUCCGGAGAACAGAACAGCAACUGAAACACAGCGCAUCGAGGGAAAUCGCGAUCUUUCCCAGCAGCAGAAGGGGAGCAAGAGUAAAGAUCAGCAAUCUGAUCCCAACAGUGAAGCCAUCCAAGAUCUUCGUUUCAGGUCCAGUGAGGAAUCGGAUGUUAGAUUUGUCCUCCCGGGCUCUUCAGGGGGACCCUCCAGUUCCCAUAACCAACUGGGCAGAACUUCUCCUAAAUGUCGCAGCCAGUGUGAGGUGAAUGGCACAGACUCGUCUUUGUGGUCAAAUCGUGGAGAUGUGAGUGAGAACCAGUCAGCCUCUGAAUUAACAGGACUCCAUCCUAAUCAUGAUAGGACAUCUAAAUCAGGGUGCAGCCUUCCUUCACAUGAGGGAAACAAUAGUGAUGAAAAUCAAAAGCUUUUCUCAGGUGGUGCAACUAUUGCUGGCACCCUAACAUCUCUUGAAUCAUGUAAUCAAAACUCAAACUCUGCUGACUCUGUGAACAGUCAUCAUGGUCUCUGCACAUAUUUGGACUUGGACAGGCUCAGCAAGGGUCAGCCUGUCCCACAGAUCCUCCAGGCAUCGUCCUCAAGUACCACAGAUUCCCAAACAACAUGAACUGACUGCGCUCCAUCUGUGCCUUGAUGGGUUUAAUAUCCAAUGACUUUUUUCCUAAAGGGGAAUGAUCAUUAAACACAUCUGUUGAUGUAGGAAUAAACUCAUCUCUCAUCAGGCAUUGUAUUGAAUGUUUUUCAGCAAAAAUAUGUCUGAGUAUUGGACCUAUUUGUGUAGACUUUACUGUACAAUUGUAAAGCAAAAAAUGAUUACAGUAACUAUAAUGAACCAUAAAAUCUUCUUGAAUCAA